AUGCUGCCGUACCUGUUCCCCGAUCUGUCCACCUUCACUACAGUCGCCGAUCUUAUCACCCACCUUCGCACUAGUGAUGCUCGCCUGCGUGCCGCCCUUCCCACCGAGUUCUGCGCUAAGAACCCCCCCCCACUGUACUGGACACUCCACUUCAUAGUCACCCGUCUCCCUGACACCCUCCGCUCAGUUCGAGACCACUUCCUUGCUCGCUGUCCCACUGAGCUCACAGUCGCCCUCCUAGAGGAGCACCUGCUCGCGGCCGAAAAGAGCAUUGUAGCUGUUGGUGCUGCUCGUGGCGCUCCUCGCACCCCCAUCUUUGAGGGGUGUUCUCCCUCUCCCCUCGCUCCCUCCUACGCUGCUGCUGCUGCUGUUGACUUCCUUGGUGCUGAGUCUGUUGGCGCUGCUUCUACUCCUGGUGGGAGGCGCCGCACCGGCAAGGGCAAGGGGGGCAAGGGUGGUGGUGGUGGCGCUGGGGGGGGAGGAGGUGGGGGAGGUGGGGGGGGAGGCGGUGCUGGAGGGAGCGGUGGCGGGAGCGCUGGUGGGAGUGGGGUCGGUGGUGGAGACGGGGGCGGCGGAGGGACCAGUGGCAGUAGUGGCGGCGGCGGCGGUGGCGGCGGCGGCGGUGGUGGCGGUGGUGGCGGUGGCGGUCGGAGCGGUGGUAGUGGUGGCGGCGGAGGUCGGAGUGGAGGCACUGGCUCUGGCCAGAGCUCCCAGCAGCAGCAGCGUCCCCAGACGACCCAGCAGCUUCGUGAGUGGCUUGCUCAGCGUGGGACGUCGGGGGCCAGUGCCCGCUGUUCUUAUGUCAUUCGCACAGGUGACCGCAAGGGACAGACGUGUGGGAGGUUCCACACCCCGUACCGCUGCUUCUCCCGCCUUGACGACGCUUGGCGUGAGGAGAUGGGUGCGGAUGUUGAGCGCCCCCGCUGGGCUGAGCUCAUGAGGGCUGGUGUUGAUGUCUUUGCUCUUGACUAUGAUGCUAUUAUUGCUGCCAUUGCUGUCCCGACUGGUUUCGAGUCUGCUCUCUCAGGUACAGCACCCACAGAGACUGCUCUCUCAGGUACCGCACCGGCUGAGGCCUGUCACACCUUCACCCUUGACUCAGUCCUUGCCCAGUCCACCACUGUCCUCCCUUGUCCGGCGGUUCCGUCUGGCUCGUUGUCGGGUUUCCACCUCCCCUCGUUCUCGACGAACCUGGUGAGCAACGCUGUCCUCCAGGAUCAGUGGGUUGACACCUUUACCCCUGGCGGACAGCGUGUGGCGAUCUGCACGUGCUCCAGGACUGGCCGUCACCUGGCUACGUUCACCCGUCGGCCGGGGUCGAGUCUCUACACACUGACCACUGCGUCUCCCCAGGUAGCUGCUGUCGGUCAGGUGUCUGCGUCAGGUCUGGUGGCCCACGCCUGUGAGUGUCGUUCCCUGUCGCACCAGACUCUUCUCUGGCACCACCGCCUGGGUCACCCCUCCUUGCCACGCCUUCGUGGCAUGCACCGUCGCCUCCUUGUGUCCGGUCUUCCCAGGUCCCUCCCUCCCCUCCCUGCCUCGCCUGCGCCGCCUUGCCUUCCUUGCGUCGAGGGGCGGCAGCGCGCCGCUCCUCACUCCUCCUCGUUCCCCCCGACAGAGGCUCCUCUGGAGACCCUCCACCUGGACGUGUGGGGCCCAGCCCGCGUUCGUGGUCAGGGCGGUGAGCGGUACUUUCUGCUGGUUGUUGACGACUACUCGCGUUACACCACGGUCUUCCCCUUGCGCACCAAGGGUGAGGUCCCUGCUGUUCUGAUCCCUUGGAUCCGCACGGUUCGUCUCCAGCUCCGCCGCCGUUUCCGGACGGAUCUUCCUGUCCUGCGUCUGCACUCUGACAGAGGUGGUGAGUUUUCCUCCGACCUCUUGAGGACCUUCUGUCAGGCGGAGGGCAUCGAGCAGACCUUCACGCUUCCGGACUCCCCACAGCAGAAUGGGGUUGCUGAGCGCCGCAUUGGCCUGGUCAUGGAGGUCGCUCGUACCUCCUUGGUCCACGCGGCGGCUCCCCAUUUUCUGUGGCCGUUUGCUGUCCGGUACGCCGCGCAUCAGCUCAACCUCUGGCCCCGUGUCUCCUUGCCGGAGACCUCGCCCACACUGCGUUGGACGGGGGAGGUUGGCGAUGCGUCGCGCUUCCGGGUGUGGGGUGCUCGUGCCCUUGUCCGCGAUACGUCCGCGGACAAGCUCUCCUCCCGCACGCUUCCCUGUGUCUUCCUUGGCUUUGUCCCUGACGCGCCUGGCUGGCAGUUUUACCACCCCACCUCGCGCCGGGUCUUCGCCUCUCAGGAUGUCACCUUUGACGAGUCGGUCCCUUUUUACCGUCUCUUCCCCUACCGCACUGCCCCCCUCCCUCCCCCGCCGCUUUUCCUUGCUCCUGGUCCCCCUCCGGUAGACCCCCUUCCCCCUCAGGGUCCUGCUCCUUCAGGUGUCUCUCAGGUAGACCCUCCUCCCGUCGCUGAGCCUGUCGAGGUCACAGGUGACUCAGGUGCUGCUGCGGGUGGUGCUGCUGGGAGUGCUGAGCCUGGGGGUGCUGAGCCUGGGGGUGCUGGGCCUGGGGGUGCUGGGGCUGCAGGUGCUGGGACUGAGGGUGCUGGAGCUGAGGGUACUGUGCCUGAGAGUUUGCCGCCUGGGGGUGCUGAGCCUGGGGGUGCUACGACUGGGGGUGCUGAGCCUGCGGGUACUGAGCCUGCGGGUACUGAGCCUGGGGGUGCUGCUACUGAGCCUACGGAGCCUCGGGUUACUGCGUCUGGGGGUGCUCCGGUUCGGGGUGCUGAGCAGUCUCUCACACCGCAGCAGCUUCGUGACUGGUACGUCCGACGCUUUCGCCGUCCCAGUGGCUCGGCUGGAGUUGGGGGUGCUGGAGCUGCUCGUCCUGGGGGUGCUCGUACUGGGGGUACUGGAGCUGCCGGGACUGGCUGUUCUGGGAGCACUGCGACUGGAGCUGCUGGAGCUGGGGACUCUGGCGCUGGCGGUACUAGCGGAGUUGGAGCUGCUGACUCUGGGGGUGGCGCUGCUGCUGGUGCUGCGGACCCACCUGGUGGAGCUGCUGCUGGUGCUGAGGAGUCGGACGGUGGAGCUGCUGCUGGAGCUGGGGACCCGGCCGGUGGAGCUGCUGCUGGUGCUGUGGACCCGGACGCUGGAGCUCCUACUGGUGCUGAGGACCCGGCCGCUGGAGUCCCUUCUGCUUCUCGAGACGCUGCGCGGCCGCGACCGUACUUCGUACCGCUCCUUCAGCAGGUUCUUGGGCAGGCUCCUCCUCCUUGUCCUCCUCCCUCCGUAGAGUGUCCUCCGCCUGUCCAGCCGCAGUCACAGUUACCGCCUGCCUCGCCUCUCCCUGCUCCCUCUCCUUAUACUGGUCCCACAGGAGGUCUUACAGAGCGUCGUGAGCCUGAGUCUCGUCCUGCGUCGCCUGUUCGUCCUGCUCGCACUGCUAGUCGUGUCCGUCGUGAGCGUCCUCCUCCUGUCCCAGGCACUCACUACAUGACUCUGCGUCCCUCUACUGCUCCUCGGCGUGUCCCUCUACCGUCUCCUCCUGCGUCCUCUUUGCCUGCCGUUCCGGACCCUGAGUCUGACCGGUAUCGCGCUGAGCACCCUACAGUCACGCGUCUCCUCGCUACUGUUGUCACCGACCCUACCUUUGAGUCCUCGGCUGCGUCUGCUCUGGUCGCUGAGUUGGUUGACUUUGCUGCUGCCUGUCGUCUAGACUACGCUGCUAGCCUUGUUGCUGAGUCAGAGUCUGCGUCUGUCUGUCCUCCGUCCGUCGGGGGUGAGUGUGCUCUUGGCACGGACGUCCUUGAGGACAGGCAGGAGGACUUUGACUCUCUUGCGGCUGCUGUACCUCAUCUCGUGGCCUGGUUGCUUGCCCCUGAGGGAGACCCGGAUGCACUAGACAUCCCCACUCCGCGCACUUACGCAGAGGCGAUCUCGGGUCCCUACUCCUCUCAGUGGCAGACAGCCAUGGACGCAGAGAUGGCAUCCUGGAAGUCCACAGGCACCUACGUCGACGAGGUUCCCCCUCCUGGGGCGAACAUCGUCGAUGGCAUGUGGAUUUUCAGGGUGAAGCGGCCGCCAGGUUCUCCGCCUGUCUUCAAGGCUCGUUACGUUGCUAGAGGCUUCAGUCAGCGUCAGGGGGUCGACUUCUUCCAGACCUUCUCCCCCACCCCGAAGAUGACCACUCUUCGGGUUCUGCUGCACGUUGCUGCUCAGCGUGACUACGAGCUUCACUCUCUUGACUUCAGCACAGCGUUCCUGCAGGGCAGCCUGCACGAGGAGAUCUGGCUGCGCCGCCCACCUGGCUUUACUGGGUCGUUUCCCCCUGGUACCCAGUGGAGUCUCCGCCGGCCAGUCUACGGUCUCCGCCAGGCGCCACGUGAGUGGCACGACACACUGAGGACUACUCUUGCGGCUCUUGGGUUCGCGCCGUCUACUGCUGACCCGUCGCUGUUUCUGCGCACAGACACGUCGCUGCCGCCGUUCUACAUUCUCGUGUACGUCGACGACUUGGUCUUUGCUACUGCUGACACUGAGGCACUCGCUCGUGUGAAGUCGGAGCUGCAGAAGAGACACACCUGCACUGACCUGGGUGAACUGCGUAGCUACCUUGGCUUGCAGAUCACCCGGGACAGAGCUCGCCGCACCAUCACCCUGACUCAGUCACACAUGGUGCAGCAGGUCCUUCAGCGCUUCGGCUUCCAGUUCUCCUCACCACAGGCCACACCUCUGGCUACCAGCCACUCGCUCUCAGCUCCACCUUCGGACGAGUCCGUAGAGCCGAGUGGCCCGUACCCAGAGCUUGUAGGCUGCCUCAUGUACCUGAUGACUUGCACGCGACCUGACCUCGCGUACCCUCUUAGCAUCCUUGCUCGUUACGUUGCGCCUGGGAGACACAGGCGAGAGCACUGGGAGGCUGCUAAGAGGGUGCUGCGUUACCUGUGCAGUACAUCAGGCAUGGGGCUGGUGCUUGGAGGACGCGACAGAGUUGUCCUCACUGGUCACUCGGACGCCUCUUGGGUGGACGACCUGGCUACGCAGCGGUCGUCACAGGGUUACACCUUCAGCCUUGGCUCAGGUUCUGUCUCGUGGCGGUCCACCCGCUCUUCCUCUGUUCUCAGCUCUAGUUGUGAGGCUGAGAUCUACGCCACAGCCAUGGCUGCACAGGAGUUACGCUGGCUCACCUACCUGCUGACUGACUUGGGAGAGCGGCCUAGUUCUCCUCCAGUUCUGUACGGUGACAACAAGGCGGCUCUUGCCUUGUGUCAGGAGCACAGACUGGAGCACAGGACGAAGCACAUUGCUCUUCGCUACUUUCUUGCUCGAGAGCUUCAGCAGCGCGGUCAGCUUCGGCUUGUGUACGUGGACUCGAAGGCCAACACUGCUGAUAUCUUCACCAAGGCGCUCCCGCCUAGUGAUCAUCAGCGGCACUGUUCUUCUUUAGGCCUUGUGUCCACGUUUCCUCACUUGCUCACUGCUUGA